AUGCUCUCAAUAGCCAAACUCUUGGGGUCGCUCGUCCGCAUCCUCCUAUACCCACUCACAACAUCCCUAUCAACACUCCAGCGUUUGUUUAUCUACUUUACGACCUGGCUGCCGAGUACAUCCAGGCGCCACGUCGCUAAUGAUGCAGCCAGCGUUGCAGAUCGCUGGGUACGCGAACUCGAAGAAGAGACAGGUGCGAUUCGCGAGAGUCGUUUGAGCGAUUUGAAUGCUUCUUCCUCCGCGAGUGGUGCAGACGCUCAAGCAGGACCUGGUCCGAGUACGCUGAGCAGACGAAAUGAGAGUGCGCGCGCUACUCGGUUGCAGAUACCUGAGUUUUAUCUUGGGAGCUAUGAAAAUGCGCUUAGGGAGGCGCAGAGAGAUGCACGUUUGCUAUGUAUUGUUAUUGUUAGUGAGGAACACGAAGAUGUACCCGAGUUCAAAAGAACGACCUUGGUCGACCCAGAGUUCAACAAGAUUCUCAGGAGUAACGAUUUUUUGGUAUGGGGUGGAGACGUUAGGGACUACGAAGCCUCUCAAGCCUCACAAAAACUCGGAGCAACAACCUACCCCUUCGUCGCCUUCCUCGCUAACCAACCCCGUGGCGGUUCUCGAGGAUCAACAAGCUCACCCGUUCUUACAAUUCUCUCUCGACACCAAGGUCCCUCCACUCCCUCCGAUGCCGACCUCCCAACCUCAGAUCUCGGACCAACCUCUCCGCGCGCACUCUGCAUACACCUCUCAAACUCAUUGCUCCCGCGCGUAACACCCUUCCUCGCACGUCUACGUGCCGCACACGCCGAACGUCUCGCCCAACGCCGCCUAAGAGAAGAACAAGACGCCGCCUUCGCUCGGUCAGCAGAAGCAGACCGUGCCCGCGUUCUCGCAAAACGCGAAGAAGAGCGCCGUCAACAAGAAGAAAUCGAGAUGCAAGAACUAAUUCGUGUACGUGAAGAAGCAGAACGUCGAAAAGCUCAAGACGAAAAAGAAGAACGCGAGAAGAACCGAUUAUUAUGGUACCGCUACGCACGUCGUUCCUUACUUCCACCUGAAGCUGCACCAGGAAAGGGAUCGAUUCGCGUUGGUGUACGAUUCCCGGACGGUCGUCUUCAAGUCCGUCAUUUCUCGCCAUCCGACUCGGUCACGUCUUUGUAUGUCUUUGUCGCUUCUCAACUUAUUCCGAAAGAGCAUGCCCCUGCUGAGGACCCAACUUCACCACCAACGGGUUUCACUCCUGGAGAAAUGGGCAUCUCAGGAGACUCCUGGUCGUUCAAGCUCGCGCUUUCUUACCCUCGUCGGGAAGUACCCUGGGUAAAAUCCACCCCACUUUCAAAUAUCGACGGCCUAAAGGGCGGCGCACAACUCGUCGUGGAGAGUAUCCCAGGACACGCUCUUAUUCCAGGCAGCAAUGCACAAAGUCAAGGUGACGGAGACAGUGAUUAUGAUACAGAAGAAGAGUAG